CCUGACGCCCCGGCUCCGGUCCCGGCUCCCCCGGCUGCCGUGCCCACUGCGCCGCGGGGCCGGCCGCUGCCCGGGCCCCAGAAUGCAGAACGUGAUUAACACGGUGAAGGGAAAGGCGCUGGAAGUGGCUGAGUACCUGACCCCGGUCCUCAAGGAAUCAAAGUUUAAGGAAACAGGUGUGAUCACCCCAGAGGAGUUCGUGGCGGCUGGAGAUCACUUAGUCCACCACUGUCCGACAUGGCAAUGGGCUACAGGGGAAGAAUUGAAAGUGAAGGCAUACCUCCCAACAGGCAAACAAUUUUUGGUAACCAAAAAUGUGCCUUGUUACAAGCGGUGCAAACAGAUGGAGUACUCAGACGAACUGGAAGCUAUCAUUGAAGAAGAUGAUGGUGAUGGGGGAUGGGUAGACACCUAUCACAAUGCAGCAGGUGUUGCAGGAAUAACAGAAGCAGUUAAGGAGAUUACACUGGAAAACAAGGACAGCAUAAAACUCCAAGAUUGCUCUGUGAUAUGUGAGGAAGAAGAGGAAGAUGAAGGAGAAGCUGCCGAUAUGGAAGAAUAUGAAGAGAGUGGCUUGUUGGAAACAGAUGAGGCUACCCUAGACACAAGGAAAAUAGUAGAAGCUUGUAAAGCUAAAACCGAUGCUGGAGGUGAAGAUGCUAUUUUGCAAACCAGAACUUAUGACCUUUACAUCACUUACGAUAAAUAUUACCAGACGCCACGACUGUGGUUGUUUGGCUACGAUGAGCAACGGCAGCCUUUAACAGUUGAGCACAUGUAUGAAGAUAUCAGUCAAGAUCAUGUGAAGAAAACAGUGACCAUUGAAAAUCACCCUCAUCUCCCACCCCCUCCAAUGUGUUCGGUUCAUCCAUGCAGGCAUGCCGAGGUGAUGAAGAAAAUCAUUGAAACUGUUGCAGAAGGAGGGGGAGAGCUUGGUGUUCAUAUCAAUGUCGUGAACAAUAAGGGUACCAUUCUCCACUUAAACGUGGACAGCCUUGUUCUUAUUUUUACAUCAAGAUAGUUGGGCCUGCCUGUAACAACAGCGUAUGAACUCCUACUCAUUAGGAAGUCUCAGACUCGGCUAUUAAAUGGCAGUGGCUGGUCACAGAGUCUUAAAGGUAUGGAGAGCCUCAUUGAACACACACAAGCUUGGAUGAGUGAAUUUCUGUGAGAUUCUUGUCUUAAAAUCUUUCUGUGAAGAUGAAACUUUUUUUUAGAGAAAUUAAUACUUAAUAAAAUUGCUAAUUACAGUGUUAGCUUAAGCCAUAGAACCAUUUAAAAAUCAUAUUUUCCUUAGCUAAAGAC